CCAGGUUGCCCGCACUUGUGACACAUUAGCAUUUGGCAUUUUCAAACACUUGUCCAACGGCCCCACUGCCCCAACAAAAUAAACAAAUUCCGCCGGAGAAAGUGGCGAUAAACAGCGCCCAGGAAAGUCGUAUACUGGAGCUGUCAAGAUGCGUGACUGGAUGCCGGUGCUCUUCUGCGGACUCUCCGUGCCGCUCUCGCUGUUCAUGUGGCUGGGCAAUGUGGCGCUGUCGAAGUUCUGGACCAGUGACUUUGAGGGUUAUCCAACAGAGUCCCGGGUGAUUCCGCCGGUGCGCUGGCUCUUCUCCACACUGGCGCCCUUGGCCCUGAUGACGGUGGCUCUGCGCCGGAGGAGCGUCAACCGAUCUGGAGCUGCGCUGGGCAUUCUGGUGGCCUUCAUCCUCUCCAUCGCCAGCCAUCCGUUCUUCGCCAGCCUGGUGGUGUUCUUCUUCAGCUCCUCGCGGGCCACCAAGUUCCGGGCGCACAUGAAACGCCGCUUCGAGAGCGAUUUCCGCGAGGGCGAGGGCCAACGCAACUGGAUACAGGUGCUCUGCAACGGAGGCAUGGCCGCACAGCUGGCGCUGCUCUAUCUGCUGGACUGCGGCAGUGGAGAGCGGGCGGUGGACUUCGCCCGGGAAUACCGAUCCAGCUGGCUGGGUGUGGCCGUGAUGAGUGCGUUUGCCUGCUGCAACGGCGACACCUGGUCGAGUGAACUGGGAUCUGUGCUGUCGCAACGCGAUCCAGUGUCUAUCAUAACCUGGCGGCGGGUGCCGCGCGGUACCAAUGGUGGGGUCUCGCUGCCCGGCGUCGUGGUGAGUCUGCUGGGCGGUCUGCUCGUCGGCUUUGGCUACUUUGUCACUGUUCGCUACACGGUGGAGGCCAAAAUGCUUCUGGUUAGCCCACCGCAGUGGCCCAUCAUCGCCUUUGGUGGCAUCGCUGGACUUUUCGGGUCCCUCUUGGACUCUGUGCUGGGUGGUGUGCUGCAGUUCUCCGGCAUCAAUGAGGAAGGCAAGAUUGUGGAUACACCUGGGAAGGGAGUGCGCCACGUGAGCGGACUGCGCAUCCUGGACAACCAUAGUGUCAACCUGAUUUCCAGCAUCGUCACCGGCGUCACCAUUCCCCUCCUGGCCCAGAGAUUCUGGCCCGUGCGCUGAUUGUGUUUUUCAUUAGGAUAUGCGUGAUGCGGUAUUCACUAGCCAAACAUUUCAAAGGCUGCCUCACAAGAUCAAAAUUCAUGUUUAACAUCAACCCAUGUUCAUUAAGCCUGUAGACAGGCGUUCUCCAUUGUUAGCCAGUUAUCAUUUCAUAACGCCAGUGAAUACCCUCCAUAUAUAUAUUUUUGUGAAGCUUACAUAUCGCCAAGCGAACUAAGCGACUUUAGAGACUCGAUGAAAGCAACGAUUGGGCAGCGAAUAGCCAAGGCAGUUAGAUUAUAUUUACACUAAGGUAGCUAACCAUGUUCCUCUACGGAUUAUGACUUUCUUGUUACUGCGACUGUCCACCUCUAUUGUGUGUAUAAAUUCCAUUAAACACGAACCAUGCAUGUGGAGAUCCACAUUGCCAUUGUCUCGAAAUUCUCGUA